AUGUUGACAAACUGGUUCUCGCAACCUGCAGGCACUCGCUCCUCUACCGAUGACCCUCGUGGUCCCGACGCUGAGGAUGACACCCUAGUGAUGGAGCCCGAUCAGGGCAAUGUCCUCUCCCAUAUCAUCUCUCAACUGCGACCCGGGGCCGAUCUGAGUCGUGUCGUUCUUCCCACCUUCAUUCUCGAACCCCGCAGUAUGCUCGAGCGCAUCACGAACUUCAUGUGCCACCCCGAAAUGCUCCUUCAGAUUCCAUCCAUAGACGACCCCGUCGAGCGCUUUGUAUCCGUAGUCAAGUUCUACCUCAGUGGUUGGCAUAUUCGUCCUCCAGGCGUCAAGAAACCCCUGAACCCUAUCCUGGGUGAGAUAUUCACCUGCUACUGGGAUUUUGAGGAUGGAAAGCGCGCAUAUUACAUCUCUGAACAGACUUCCCACCACCCACCCAAGUCGAGUUACUUCUACAUGGCCCCAGACCACCAUAUUCGUAUUGACGGAACUCUUAAGCCUCGGAGUCGUUUCCUGGGAAAUUCUGCCGCCAGUCUGAUGGAGGGCAUUGCAUUUCUGAGUUUGCUGAACCGCGGAAAGGACGCUGCAAAGGGGGAGCAAUAUAUUCUCACCCAACCCAACAUGUAUGCCCGAGGCAUUCUGUUUGGCAAAAUGAAGUACGAGCUUGGCGAUCAUAGCUUUGUCCGAUGCCCCGAACUCGACCUGGUUGCUGAUGUCGACUUCAAAACAAAAGGCUGGGUCGGCGGUACUUAUAAUGCCAUUGGCGGAGUGAUCAAGCGGGAGAGCACUGGCGAGGUCUUGUUCGAGCUCUCUGGCCUCUGGAGCGAGGAGAUGUACAUCAAAGACAUGACGACUGGCCACCGAGAGAUGUUCUUCAACGCUCUGAGAUCGAAGCCCUCGCCACCAACUGUGCGACCAAUCGAGGAGCAAGAGGAACGAGAGUCUCAGCGGCUGUGGGACAAGACGGCUAGAGCUGUCAAGGACCGCAACCAUGAACUUGCCACAGACGAGAAGACCAAGAUCGAAGACCGACAACGUGAAGAAGCUGCCCAACGAGCACAGGAAAACAUCGAGUGGCACCCACGACUUUUCAGGAGAGUCCAAGGUGGUCCCGGUGGAUUAGAAGAAGGCGAAGAAGAUCUGGAAUGGGUCAUUAACGCCAAUAUUGACCACGCUGCGACGCCCGAGAAGCAAGCCGAGCAAAUUAUGGCAAUCUAUCCCAUCAUCAAAGGACAAAAGUCGAACCAACGAAACGUCAUCCCACCGCACAGCCCUUCUGCCAAGCCUGCGCAAACAGCAUCAGCUCAACCGGUAGAAAAUCAUAUUGACGAUAACCUGAUCAACUUUGACGAGAUACCUCCGCCUGCUAAGCCGGAUCAGACCCCCGCUGCUGAACAAGGAACAAAACAAUCUGAGAUCCAAGGCUUGCUCAGCUCCACGGGAAAGAAAGCCGAUGGACCGCUGAUUGACUUCACAAACGACCUGAAAAAGGAUCUACCGUCUGCCACACAACAAUAA